AUGGUAACGUUAGAACCAGCCGCAUGCAUUGAUAAAAGUAAAUAUCUGUCCAAUGCUAGUGUUGGAAAUAUAAGUAAUUCGUCAGUUGAUAAUCUAAUAGAAUUUAAUGGUAAAUGGCCGACUGAUGAGCAGAAGAAUUUCGUUAAAGACUUGCGAAUCAUUAAAGAUUUUAUUACCGAAGAGGAGGAGUCCAAACUAUUUGAAGAAAUUGAACCAUAUAUGAAACGGUUGCAUUAUGAAUUUGACCAUUGGGAUGAUGCUAUACAUGGUUUUCGUGAAACCGAACGCAAGCAGUGGUACCCACAUAAUCGUCAAAUACUAGAACGAGUACGUCAAGUAGCUUUCGAUGGUGCCAUAAUGCCAUAUGUGCACAUCUUGGAUUUAGCAGAGAAAGGUGUGAUCAAACCGCAUGUUGAUAGUACGAGGUACUGUGGCACAACAAUCUCUGGUAUGAGUUUGCUCUCCAAUUGUGUAAUGCGUUUGAUACGCGUUGAUGAAACAAAAUAUAGGCAAACAGUACAGGAUUCAGAAUCUACCGACUGCGAUAAAACUAAAACAGCUACCCAAACUGAAAGUACAGAUGAUUCCUAUCGCAACCAACCAAAGGCAACAAUAGAAAAUAAUUUUUAUGCUGAUGUAUUGUUACCCAGAAGAUCGCUGUAUAUUAUGAGUCACUCUUCCCGCUAUAAUUUUACACAUGAAAUUCUCUCCAAUGAGUUCUCCAAAUUUCAUGGCCAGCCGAUACAUAAGGGACGUCGAAUAUCAAUUAUUUGCCGAAAUGAACCUUAAUAGAAGUCUUUUUCAAUAGUUGUCAUUUUUAAUAAUAUGUAUGUACAAAUUUCUAUAUA